AAAAAUUAUAUUCAGCACUAAAUAUUUCAAAUAACUAUUAUUCACGGAUAUACUCGAUUUUUACGCUUAAUUUUUUUUCAAUGUGACCUUUUAUUUAAUAACGUAUUAUAACGAAUUGUUUCCCUCCUUAUACUGAUGAUUGAAUUUAUCUUACUUUGUUGCACAUGUGAUUAGAGCUCCUAAUUGUUUGCAAUAGAAGAAACUUAUCAUGAUGUCCUUACUGAAAUUUCAUCAAAAUGGAUUACGAGUGCGCUUAUGGCGUAAUAUUGUCCAACACUCUGAUUUUCAUAAAAAAUCAUCAUGUACAUUGGAUAGCUUUAUCAAAUCUGCUGCAAGCCAUAAAAAUUAUUCAAAUUUUGCACAUAGUUACUUAACAAAUAAGCAAUUUCUUACUGUUAAUAGUCAUUUAGUAUCAAAAGUAAUCAAUUAUUCAAGUAUAUCUGCUGAACAAUCAAAUCAGCAGCAGACAAAUGAUGAGGAAGCGCAAAAGAAAAAUAGCAGAUCAUGGCAGUUGAUGAAAUUUGGCAUGACACUUAUGGGCUUAGCAAUGGGCUUUGCAGGUUUAACUGUUUUGUAUGAAAUAGGAAAACCAAAAGUUGAUCCCGAUGGAAAUCCAAUUGAAGAUGAGUUUUCACAUUUACCUUACUUUAGCCAAAUGUUUUAUCGUUUAAAAAAGGAGUUUACCUAUUACAAGAAGAUUAUUCAAGAACCUAGCAGAGAAAAACUAUUGCCUGAUCCUUUAACGCAUCCUUACAUUCAGCCACCUUAUACAGUUGUGUUAGAAAUGACAGAUGUUCUUGUGCAUCCUGACUGGACAUACCAGACGGGCUGGCGAUUUAAAAAACGUCCUGGAGUUGAUGCUUUUCUGGAAGCUAUUGCUCCACCUCAGUUUGAAACAGUUGUCUAUACUGCUGAGCAAGGUCUUACAGUAUUUCCAAUCUUAGAUGCUUUGGACCCUCAAGGAUACAUCAUGUAUAGAUUAGUGCGCGAUGCCACACGUUUUGUUGAUGGUCAUCAUGUGAAAGAUCUUGAUGCACUAAACAGGGAUCUUAGUAAAGUCAUUGUUAUUGACUGGAACAGUGAGAGUGUUAAGUUCCAUCCAGAUAACACAUUAAAGAUUCCUAAGUGGACAGGUAGCGAUAAUGAUACACAAUUAUAUGAUUUGGCUGCUUUCUUAAAAACUAUACUUCAGACAAAUGUUGAAGAUGUGAGAGAAGUUUUACGUUAUUAUCGUCAGUUUGAUAAUCCAUUAGAAGCUUUCAGAGAAAAUCAAAGAAAAUUACUAGCUCAGAUGGAACAGGAUAGUAAAAUGAUGACAGAAGAAAAACCGUUGACAGCCAGAUGGGCACCAUCAUUUUUGAAGAGCCAUUAAGUUAAAUUGGUUUUUCACUUUUUUUUAUUGAAUUCAACAUUUUGUAAAUAUGUCAAUUGUAUGAGAUAAACUGUGAACUGAUUGUAAUUUUUGAAAGAAGUGUAUCAUACUGUGUUCUUAAGGGCCAGCUAUAAUAUAUCGCUUGAAUUAUGUAAAUAAAGUCAUUUUAAGCACAAA